AUGAAUCGUAAAUCACCAUAUCCUCAGAAAUUUCGAGAAAAGUGGAAGAAUAAUGUAUUAUUAAAGGAUUGGAUCGAAGAAGUUGAAGAGAAAACGUUGGUUAAAUGUAAGUUUUGUAAAAGCACUAUGUCUGCUAGGCUUGCCGAUUUAAGUGCUCACGCUCAUACUAAGAAACAUUUAAAAUCCUCUGAGCCAUUUUCCUGUAAUCGACAAAAUAAAUUACCUUUUAAAGCAGUAUCCAAUGACACAAAACUUAAAUCUGCCACAUUAGAAGCCAAUAUGUCACUAUUUGUUAACAGUCAUUGUGCAAUAUCUUCUGUUGAUCACUUAUCAGAGCUCAUCAAAUUAUGUUUUAAAGGGAAUAAUGUAGCUGAUUACGUCCAGUUACAUCGCACUAAAUGUACUGGAAUAUUACGUAACAUUAUAUUUCCAUAUUUUAAAAUAAAUUUAAAAGAAGAUAUUGGUUCAAGCGUUUAUAGCCUGUUAUUAGAUGAGUCAACUGACAUAAGUGUCAUUAAACAGCUGGGAGUGUGUAUUAUCUACUACUCUCAAAGCAAAAAGUCUAUCGUCACUACUUUCUUAAGUUUAAUAGAGCUUGAAAGUGGAACUGCUGUUAGUGUCGUUAAAGGAGUAAAAGAAUGUAUUUUAAUGUAUGAUCUAAAUAUAUUAAAUAUGCAAGGAAUUGGUUGCGAUAAUGCCAGUGUGAUGGUUGGUCAGCAUUCAGGUGUGUUUACUUUAUUGAAAAAAGAAGUACAGCAUCUUGUAUUGGUAAGAUGCAUAUGCCAUUCAGUACAACUUGCAGUAUCUGCUGCUGUAUCCAAUUACUUGCCAGAUUAUUUAGAAUUCCUUCUUGCCGAAACAUAUAAUUGGUUUGCUCAUUCGACAAGUAGGCAAUUAUCAUACAAAACAUUAUUUAAUAAUUUAAAUAAUGGAAUUGAUCCAUUAAAAAUUGUACGUGUAUCUUCAACACGCUGGCUAUCAAUCGAAGUUGCCGUUUCUAGAGUUCUAGACCAAUGGGUAGGUAGUUUUAAAAGAACAUUUCAAGGAAGCUGGCAACGCCGAUAA